CGUGGCUUGUGACAUGUGUCACGUGAUUUGCUGGAAGUGGCUGCUCUGGGUGGUUGUAGCUGCAGCAUCAGCUGAAUAAGUUGCAGGGUGACAGGCUUCACCCCUUCCAUUGUGAGUGUAUCAGUGCAUGUAUCAGUUUGUAUUUGGUUUAUGGGUCUCUUGUAGAAAGUUUCCACUUUAAUAUAGUGUGAGUCAAACCCAGGGCUUGAUUUAAACUUGCUAUUAUUUGCAGAGCAGCCCAGACCCCAUGCACAGCCUUGGGUCAAUCAAUUAUUUUUUUAAGAGGAAAGUUAAAUAAGUGUUAGAAUUUGAAUUAAAAUAUAUAUGCCAUGAUUAUGCUAAGGCAUGAAUGAACCUCUUUGUGAUAAAGGCAAGUUACAUUGUUUUUCCCAUUCAUUGUAUGUCUGUCUGAUUAACUUUCAAUUCAUUCUUUUAUGGAAUCCCAUGUAGAUUGACUGUUCUAAUUUUAAACCCUGUGAAUUUGUUAGACUGCAAGUUGUGUGUGUGUGUGUACAUAUACUCACACACUUCUCAUGUGGUUUGGUUCUCGGGUCCACUUUUGUGGCAAAAUAUCUUCCCUGAAUUUUUAAAUUAUAAAUUUGUAUAUUUUUGUAUCUCUCUAAGGGCAUACAUCAAGACAAUCCUAAAUUUGAAGCUCCUAUCUGACAAAAUUUAAGGUUUGUUGCCUGCUGUCCUGUAUCUGGGGACACCAAAGAAGUGUCCCCGGUAAAUACAGUGCAAGAGUAUCAUUAAACGUGAGAUACAAACCGCACCCAGGAAAUUUUAGCCUGUGCAACGCAUUGAGUGGAGCUGGAACUUUCAUAUUAUCCUCUGUUUGGAGGUAUGUUACGUGGGCUGAAAAGAGACUUGCGUCCAUCAAGUUCAGCCUUUCCUACAUUUGUGUUUGCUGUUGAUCCAAAAAAAAGGCAAAUAACAGUAUGAAGUGCUUCCAAUUUUGCAAAAAAAUGGGGAAAAAAAGUUUGAUGUAUGCUUAUGCAAUAUAUGAUUAUACAUUCUAACUCAAUCGCCAUUUAUUUUAAAUAUCCUAUUUUAAUUUUUUUUUUUAUUUCAUUGACUUUGAAGCUGAUUUAAAGAGUUCAGUGUACACUUGUGUAUGCAAAAUAAAGUUGUGAACACAUUGCAAAUUCCUAUAUACAGUAUUUGUUUUCUAACAAGUUGACUUUUUUUUUUUUUUCCUUUUCUUUUCAGAUCCUAAAACAUAUAUGCUGUCCAGCCUGAAUUUCUCAAUAGAAAAAUGAGACUAGUUAUCCUCGAUGAUUAUGCUCUGGCUAGUGAGUGGGCUGCAAAGUACAUUUGUAAUCGUAUCAUUCAGUUUAAUCCUGGACCGGAUAAAUACUUUACAUUGGGCUUACCCACAGGUAAUGCUUUGUUUAAGUUUAUAUCUAUACACUAUUUUCAGAUGUGAAUAGAGAAAUAUACGAGAUUUAUGUGUGGUAUAAUUUGUCAAAGUAAUAUUUCUUCAUAUCUUUCUCUCUUUUCAGGAAGCACACCAUUAGGUUGUUACAAAAAGCUGAUAGAAUAUCACAAAAAUGGUGACCUCUCCUUUAAAUAUGUAAAGACCUUUAAUAUGGAUGAAUAUGUAGGUAAGGUAUAUUGAUAUAAAUACAAAGGGGGAUGCACACUGAUGAUCAAUAUAUAUGACUGUGUUUUGUAUUAUUUAAAAGAAAAGAUUACUUAUUAUAUGGCAUCUUUAUUAUUUUGCAAUUAUGCAUUUGCAUUAUCUGGUUUCAAUUACACCAUAUACAAAUAACAUAUAAAUAGUGAUGUCCCGAACCGUUCGGCGAACCGUUCGGGACAUCACUACAUAUAAAUGCUGUUAUCAUUUUUUUCAUAUGAUUUUUUUUGUUCUUUUACAUAUAUACUAAAUAUUUUAGAAAAGGACAUCUAGAUUUGGAAAUUUUGUUUCGGUACAAACUGAGAUUCAUCUAAAUUUGGGAAAAUUAAAUGUUCAGUUCAACUCUGAGCUGAAAUGUACCUGAAUCACAAACCAACCAAAACACGCAAUGGUCGAGCAUGUCUGUUUUGGUUAUUUUGAAUUCCACCAAUGGCCAAAAAGGAGGAGGAACAAUUUAAAAAAAAAAAUUUAUUAAAUAUUUUUUCCUGUUCUGUAGCGGCAGUACACGUGGGAUGUUCUGAAUAUUGCUGGACAAGUAGCCCCUGAAUAUAAACCCCCCCCAAAAAAGCAACAAUUUAGUCAACAGUAUGGUGUAAUAGGGAGGGGAUUCUAUUUAGGGGGCUGCCUAAGACCAGGUAGCUCCCUGUGUGGAGAGCUGAGCAGCUGUCGUUUUGUCUUCAAUAUUGGUUACAGGACAUCUGUGGUGGCAUCUUGUUAUAGAUAUACACGCUGUAGGUGCACCCGGAUCUCUGGAGGUGGUUCAGGAGUCCCUCCUAUCCUCUGCAGACGUAGGAGUUUGUGCACAGCCAUGGAAUGCAUGCCCAGAUGCAGUUUGCAUUCUGAGUGUGCUAGUGUGCAUGCGUGUUAGGAAUACAACGUUUUGGUAACAAACUAAAAAAACUGAAAACCUCUUUGAUAGCAAGGGUGCUUAUCAAUUUCGAUUUGCCGUGUCACCAGCCCCCCAAAGUUUUUUUUUUUUGUUUUUUUUUUUUUUCUCUUUAGCUUUAGAAAGCUUCCAUGGGUUUUCUGAAUAUUUUAUCUUUCAUUUUUAGUUUAUCUCUCAGAUGUCUAGUCCUGUCUUAUGUGAUAAGGACAACAUGGAUAAGGUUUCACCUCCACCUGCUACCAGGCUCAAGGCUACAUACAAGUCUAAACCUCUGACCUAUGCUGAAUGUGCCAAUCCAUUACUGGAUGGAUGCAAAAAGAAGCUGUAUAACCAUUGCUCGUCUGAAGCUCUAGAAAAAUCCAAACAAAAAGAGUUGCAUUCAUUCGUUAAUUGGUUUCAGGAGAAUUUGUUGCAGACCUUUGAAAGUUUUAGAGAAACUACUGCUAAGACCUCAGACUACACAGGUAUGCUGGAAAGAAAAUGGAUAGGUUCCUAUAUCCUUCCAAAUUAUCCACAGGAGAAUGCUCUCACAAUGCUGAGGCUUCAUUUUCAAGCAAGAAUUUGGAAUCCAAUCCAGGGUUUCCAGAGGAUGAAAUAAAUAAUUUAAGGAGGUUACACAGGUGAUGAAUGCCAGCGAUAGACACCCUAAAUUCUAAUGCCUGGUGCAAAGGGAGUGAAAGAUCCUGAGAAAGGGGCUUUCAUUCCUAAGCAAUUUCAACUUCUUUUUAAGCGCCAGAAAUAUGAAGAUCUGCUGAAGGUAGAUGUGCCAGUUGCUCUACUGAAGACUACACAACCGAUUGGCAAAUUUACGGGUCUUAGAGACCCUAUAGAUAAGAGACAAAAUAUGUUGCAGACUCAUUUUUCAGGGCAUAUUUUCCAGACCCUCCCUUGUCAAGAAACCCAAAAAGACCUUCUGACUUGUACUAGAUUUAAAAAAAUGAUACAAAUGCAUCCAAUACUAGAGGUUCAAGAUGGUUUCCAUACAAUCUGUUACACACAUUGUGCAGAAGGGAGAUUACACGGUCACUCUAGCUCUUCAGGGCACUUAACUGCAUAAAAAAGGUAUAGCUGUGCUCCUAUACCGAGACAAUUGCUUUCUCAAAUCAGAGUCGAAAACUUCUAAUGCGAAACAUCUAUUACUCUUCAAGCUCUUCAGUAACUUGGAUGGAUAUUCAAUUGGAAAAAAAUCGAAACUCACUCCAUCCACAAAGAUUAUUAUUAUUAUUUUAUUUAUUUUUUUUAGAAGUGGAUUCUUCAUAUCUUUGCCCCCAUCUUCCUCAUAAAAAAAAUAAAAAAAUAUGAACAUAAAAAAAUUUAAUUUCAGGUCUACAGAGAAAUCCAGAAUGUACUAUCCAAAAUGUGAUGAGUAUUCUGGGAAAAUGUACAGCUUCAAUUCCAGCAGUAAAAUGGGUCAGAUAAAGAAUAAGGCCUCUAUAGUUGGAAAUUCUACAGAGUGUGAACAAAGGACAGAAAGAUUUGGAUAAAAUUAUCAGUAUUCUGGAGAGUCUUAAAAUCAUUAGACUAGUGGACCCAGUUAAAAUUUAUUUUUCAAGAUCUGCUAUUCAGACAAACACUGGAAAUGACUACUACAGAUGCCUCUGUCACUGGAUGGGGUGCUCACAUAGAUACCUUCACGUAUCAAGGUUUAUGGAAUCACCUAGACUCAAACCAAUCUUUCAAUUUUAGAGAAAUGAAGGCAAUAUGGGAAGCUUUACUAACCUUUCAGUAGUACAUCAGAGGUUCCUCAGUAAGAAUUCAAUUGGACAUCUCACCAUGGUAACAUAUGUAAACAAACAAGGAGGCAUGAGCUUAAGGAACUUGUCAGUACACUGUGCUUUAAUUAUGGAAUGGGCAGAAAAGAAUUUAAGGGACAUGUCUGCAACAUACAUCCGAGAAAUAGACACCAUUGUGGACAAUCUAAGCAGAUCCCAAUGGAAACAAACCGAAUGGCACUUAAGCAAAUAUAGAUUCAGGGAAAUUACAGCAAGAUUCAGUACCCUUCAGCAGAUCUUAUGGAUACAAGAACAAACAGAAAAGUUCAGAAAUUCUGAACAGACAAGACAACCCAGACUCUCAACGGACUGUCAGUGUUAUGUAUAUAUUUUGCAUUACACUGGCCCAUUUCCGUGCCCUUUUGGCUGGCCUGAUUGGGUUCAGUUUCUUUUUUUUUGUACUGACAUUUGUCCGAAAAUAGAGUGUGUAGUAAAAUUUCCUGCUUUUGUAAAAAAGGUUUGGCGUAGCUGUGCACAACUCUCAUACAACAUACAGUUCAGUCUAGGCACAGCUUGGGCACACAUUUCACAUGAAGAGGCAAAAUUAAUGUUGGAGAUUAUUAAAGUAGUCUAGUGUAGCAGGGUAAUUAACAUGAAAACCACUGGAAACAGCAGGCACAUUCCAUUGGUGACGCCUUCCCUUUUACAUUAUUGCACCACUUUCUAGAAAAGAACCUUUGAUAAAUUAUCCCCCAUAGUUUCUGGAAUUCUUCUUCUUCUCUUUAUACUCUCUCUCUCAAUGCUGGCUGACCGGUGCAAAGGACAGUGUGUGUAACAGUGAUUGACAGGGAUCCAAGGUGGAGUCUUCUAGUUGCAGGAUAGUUCUUAUUUCCCAAACACGAAUUUAUUAAAUAUAAGGAAUAAGUAAAUGUUAUAUUAUAAGUUCUGGGAAGUGACGGUUCUCCUAUAUUUGUAAGUAACUCUUUAAGCUGCUGCAUUACCUUGCUUAACCUUGUUCUGUAGGAGCAGUCAUACACAAGCAAUAAUGGAUAGACACAAAGAAGGUCUAUUAACAUUUCAUAGCACAAUAGAGUACAUUUCCAUCUUAGGAGUGGUUAAAAAAAAAAAAACCAGAUCAUUGUGAGUUUUAAAUUUCAACUGCUAUUGAUAAUGCCUGUUCGUUGCUAGAUGAAGAUGGUGAAUUGGCAACUUUUGUUAUCGUAUUGACAAAGCCAAUUUGUUUCAUUACAUUUUAGGGCUUCCCAGAGAUCACCCCGAAAGCUACCACUCAUACAUGUGGAAUAAUUUCUUCAAACACAUUGAUAUUGACCCUAAUAAUGCUCAUAUCCUCGAUGGGAAUGCUACGGAUCUACAGGUGGAAUGUGAUGAAUUUGAGAGAAAAAUUGAAGAAGCAGGUGGAAUUGAACUGUUUGUUGGAGGUAUUGUAUGCCAUGGUUGCUUGUUUUUGCAGGGCUAUACAGAGAAAAUAAAAACCGCAAAAAAAAGUGUAUAUAUUCUCAUGAUCAAAGGUCGCAUUUUGAUGAAUGAUUUUUUUUUUUUUUAAAAGAAAAAAAACUUGCAUAAAAUGUCAGUCUUCUGAGAUUUUCCAAAAAUUAUAACUUUAUGAAAAAAGAAAAUACUGAUAUAGAUUUUUUUUUUCUUCUCUAUUUCAUCUUAAUUCUAAUAUCUAAAUGAAAUGUAAGCUACAAGGUCACAUGAACACUAUUGUGCCGCAUUUCAAUGUUUUCCAUCAGCUGUUGUAACUGGUUUUAACAGGCAUCUUGUUAUGCCAUGAUAUCUAUGUCCUCUCAGUGGGCUGGAUCUCUUGUUGAGGAAUUUGUACGUGCAUGUGUAACAGUAUUGGUAGAAGAGUGACCAAAAACAAACAUGGCAUUUAUACAAGAGAUAUUUAGGGAAGUAUAUGUAGAAUGUCUGUACAUUUUCUUUCCUCUCCACACAGUCAAGAGAAAACAAUGCGGUCCAUUUGAGUGUUUUAUUGCAGAACAUAUGCUUUUGGCCUCCUUGUACAUAGCCACUCGUGCAUUCAAUUGUUACAUUGAACCAGUCUGAUACACUCCUAUUCAUACUUUUGGAGUAUUGGCCAGGGUAUAUUUGCUGCAUGCUCACCUUGGUUAGGCCAUUCUUGCACAUUGUGCAUGUCUUGCAUAUCCAUUCACACAUAUUGGAACUAAACUACAAACAAAACUUUAUAUUGUCUCUGGCAGUGGUAACAGAAUUAUUCUAUAAUCCUUUUACACAGAAAUGUCGCAUUUGCUUGUCUUGCAAAGGGGAAAAAAAAACAAGUGUGUGUAUUUGCUUAACUGAUGUAGUUUCUUUUUUUUUUUUGUAGGUAUUGGUCCAGAUGGCCAUAUUGCCUUUAAUGAACCUGGUUCAAGUUUGGUAUCCAGGACAAGGCUAAAGACCUUGGCUAUGGACACUAUUUUAGCAAAUGCUAAAUAUUUUGAUGGAAACCUUUCAAAAGUUCCAACAAUGGCAUUGACUGUUGGUGUUGGUACAGUAAUGGAUGCCAGAGAGGUAAGUUCAUAGCAAAUGAUGUGCAUGGGUGCACAUACUCUUGUAAGAUAGUAGAUUGAAGAUUAAUGUAAUGAUUAGAAAGUCCAGCAAUUAGCUGUCAAUGCAAGGCAUGUCUGUGUAACUUUGAAAAACUAUGUAUACAUUUACUUCAGGUUGACUUAAGAGUGUUUUUCCAUUUUGUCUCAAUAUUAAAAGAAUUAAUUUUCACAAGAUCUGUCGGUCUCAGUAGUCGUACAAUAGUGAAAGUUCUUCUAUCCCUACACACCAGUAGAUAUUGAAGAAGGGGAAAAAAAACACAACAAAUUGUGACAGCCCCCAUUUCAGGUCCAGCAUCAUUAAUGCUUUGCUGUGAAAUUGUUCGAUUCAUACAGUCCUUUUAUUUGUACCUUAUGCACGUGUGUCUUUAAAGUUAAAGGCAGAGAUAGCAGGACCAUGCACACAAUACUGUCUGUAAGGCCUUUUUCAAGUUAAUGGGACAAUUUAUGCAGUCCAAUGUAGUGGUUAGGUUGCCAAUACAUUCUUGUCAGGGAUAUUCAUUAAUGUGACAGUUACCAGGAAUUCAAAGACAAUUUCACCUUUUUUUUUUUUUUUUGGGUACAGAAGAGAGGUGGGAAGGCAGGGGUUGGGUAUUAAGCACAAUGACAAUCAUAGAGGUAACAUUUGUCAUAAUAUAACAUUGUUCAUAACUUAACAUUGUUCACCAGGCAACAUUGUCAACAUGUCCUCUAUUUAUCCCAGUACAUCAUGUCUGCAUUGGUCUAUUGUUCACAGUUGUAGUGUUCCCAAAACAUUUAAUUAAAUUACAUUGUGCGAUGACACAUGUUAAGGACACAUGUCCGUCUAUGUGCCUACGGCUUUUUGCUACUUUUCGAGGCACAAAAUCAGUUUCUUGAUAUAUUACUUGUUGGUAUAUUUUAGUGUGCAAGGUCAUGGUGGGGGUGAGGAGAGGAUGUAGGGUAUACCUGGGUUAUUUCUUUGAGUUUGUUGUAUAGUUGAGUCCCAGUUUUCCCAUGCCACCUUCCAAUAUUUGGCUGGUGGUUGUGUGCUCCUUGACAUUAUUGCAAAGCUUUUGUUGUUCUCCACUGCUGCCUUGCAGUGGUGUAUUGUGGGGAGUGGGUGUUUUUUCCCCAGUGUCUGCUGAUGACUGUUAAUUCUGCAAUUAUUAUGUGGUAGAGGAGGUAUUUUUGUCUUUUUUGUAUGUUUUUUGGUAAUAACAGUAGUUUCUGGUCAGAGGGGGAGGUCGACCUCUGUACACUGUGUUGCCAUGCGUGCUACAUAUUUCCAGGUGUUGCUCAGUUGGGGGGAACCACCAUAUGUGGAUUAUGUCGCCAUUUACACCUCCAGCAUGUGUCAAGUAUGUUUGGGAAGCUGCAUUUGAGGUGCGUAGGGACUAGGAACCACCGGUAUAAAAUUUUGCGGGAUAGUUCUAUGUGGGAUAUUGAUUUAGUUAGUGGUCUAUGUGCGUGUAGUAGGUCUGUCCAUUGUGCAUCGGUCAGAGUAUGUGUAAUGUAUUUUUUCCUUGUUUUUUUUUUAAGGUGAGUGAGUGUAGUGUGUUGUGGUAUACUCUGUGGCAUAUAUUGUUGAAAUCAGUUUAGGGGGUUUAAGGUUCAUGCUCAUUUUUUUUUCCACUUCUGACAGUGGGUGUCCCUUUGUGUCGUCUGUUGGGAUCAUCUUUUGUUUGGGUAUCCAAGACUGUAUUUGCAUGUAUGGGAAGCGGCUGUAUCCGUCAAUUUUUGUGUUCCUUCUGGACAUAUUUAAAUUUUAUGAGAUUGUUGCCAUGGAGUAUUUGCGAUAGCAAUGUUAUGCCGUGUCGGUACAAUAUUUUGUGAUUAAAGUCAGGGAUGAGGAACGGCAACGUCGCUAUUGGCAUGGCUGGUGUAAUCGUCCCCGUCAGACCCAUCUUUUUACAAUAGUUGUACCAAAUUUUGAGUGUGAGGGUCGUGGUGGGUAGUGUGUGUCUGUAUUUUGCCUGUUGUGCCUCGGGUAGCCAAGCUUGUGUUGUUAUAGGGGUUUUUGCUCUAUGUCCGCCCAUGCUAAAGAUUGGUUGUGUUGAAACAAUAUGAGGAGAGGGACUAUUUGGGCUACCCUAUUGUACCCCACUAUAUCUGGCAUUCCCAUACCUCCAUGUAUGAAUAGUUUAUACAUAGUAGUUCUAGCUACUCUUGGUUUAGUGUUGUCGCAUUUGAAUAAGUUGAGACUUUUUUGCAGUUCCGGAAAAGAUGUCGGGCGGAGUUUGAUUGGGAGUGUUCUGAACAUGUAUUGGGUCUUUGGGAGUAUCGUCAUUUUGACAGCCGCAAUUUGGCCUGACCAAGAAAGGAAUUUCCCCUUUCACUCCUGUAUUAUGUUUUUAAGUUUAGGGAGAGUGGCUAUGUGUGCCAUCAACAUCUCCAAUGGCAUUAAUCCUGUGUCCAAUAUGUGAUUAAAUAUUCUGCCCAGGUAUGGGGCUAAAGUGGUUGCGAACUGUUUAUAGUAUGCGUUUGUAAGGCCGUCUGGCCCUGAGGACUUGCCCGGGGGCAGGGAGUGGAUGGCCUCCAUUAUUUCCUGCAUAGUUAUGGGGGCUUUUAUCGCAGUUAUUUGUUGCUCUGUCAGUUUUGGCAGUGUGGUGGGGUUUAAGAAGUUCGUGAUCUCGACGUUGUUGGGUUGAUGUAGGGAAUUGUCUUCUGUGAGGUUAUAAAGUGUAUGGUAGUAUGCUGCCAUUUCGUUGUUGAUGUCCUGGGGGUUGUGUAUUUUGUUACCAAGGUCUUCCCGGUGUUCUAUCAAAUUUCCCUACUCUUGAAAAUCCCCUACCCUCGUCUCUUCCAGUGAGGGGAAUCAGCUGGAUCCUGUGCUGCACAUGCAUGCUAGCACUCCGGCUACUCCUCCACAGCAAGGUCCUGGAAGGUAAGUAAAACCAGUUUUACACUUUCAUUAUAGUUAGUGCAUUCACUAAGCUUAGAACAUGGGGCAUUUAGGGUUAAUGUUAGGGUUCAAAUUAGGGUUAGGAUUAGGGACUUGUUUAUAUUUUGUGAUAUUUCACAUUAGGGGAAUAUCUUUAGUGAUUUCUCACACUCUAUUUUAACCCUUACCCCAAUGGUUAGGGUAAGAAUAGAGUGUGAGAGAGGUUAAAAUAACUUACCUAACCCUAUUUUUAACCCUCACUUAACCCUAAAUGUCCCGUGUGCCUAAGCUUAGUGAAUGCACUAACUAUAAUGAAAGUGUAAAACUAGUUUUACUUACCUUCCAGGACCUUGCUGUGGAGGAGUAGACGAGUGACGAGGGUAGGGGAAUUUGAGAGAACACCAGCUCUAUUGCCUUGGGAGUAGUUUUUCAAUUUUAAUUUGGUAAGUUUGUGAGCAGUUAUUUUUGUAGGGAUAGCUCAUUGAGUCGUUUGGUUGUAUCUGUUAUUGUUUGAGCGUGUUGCUUGUCAGGUUGUAUUGUGUGUGCGUUCGUCGUGUCUCUAAGUUUCCGUAUGAGGUCUAGAUAUUCCAGUUGGUACUUCUUUUUUAAGUAGGAGGCACGACUGAUAAGUAUGCCUCUGAUAAGUGGUUUCUGAGCUUGCCAUAGGGAUAGUGUAGAUACGUCUUGGGUGUCAUUUUUCGUAAAGUACCUCUGCAAUUGCUCUUGUAUAUUUUGUGCAAAUAUGGGGUUGUGUAGGUGCGAUUCAUUGAGACGCCAGGGCGACUUGCCUCUAUGUUGGUAUUGAUAUCUAAGGGUUAGUAAGGUUGGAGUGCGGUCAGACCGUAUUAUGUCUCCUAUCGAGCUGUGUCACCUGUGGGAAUACGGUUCCUGAGACCAAGUUGAGGUUUAUUCUGGAGUAUGUCUUGUGCACUGCAGAAUAGUAUGAGUAUUCUCUACUUGUUGGGUUCAUCAUUAUCCAUGAGUCAUAUAGUCCAUGUUCCAUGAUCAGUUUUGUGAGUGCUUUACCUGUGUUUCUAAGUGUAGUGUGUCUGGUGACCGUGUCUGGUAGGGAUGUGUCCGUUGGAGUUCAGGGUGUGAUUGAAGUCCCCACACACUAUCACACUGUUGGUUGAUGAUGUUGGUAACUUUGACAGUACUUUAUGUAUGAAGUUACGUUGUUGUUCAUUUGGGCUGUAUAGAUCCACUAGAAUAUAUUGCACGUUGUUAAUCAUGCAGUGGAGCAGCAGGAAUCUGCCCUGGCUAUCUUUUUUUUGAUGCUAAGUAAUUCUACAGUUGGGGAUUUGUGUAGAAGUAUAGAUACACCUCUAGAUUUGGAGGAGGGUGUUGCAUGGUACUGUAUAGGAAAGUCCUUCAAGCCAAAGGUGGGGACCCUGUUUACGAAGUGUAUUUCUUGAGCACAUAUAAUUUCUGCCUCAUUUCUUUUAGCGUCUUCUAGGAGCAUGCACCUUUUAUGUGGAGUAUUUAGCCCUCUGGUAUUAUGGGAGUAGAUUUUCAUAUCAUCUGUGCUGGGGUUGUACUGAUGUGCCAGAGUUUGAAAAUCGUGCCUUACUUCCUUUAUAUCUGAGGAGACUGGGACCUUUGUCUGAAGAAGUGUUGGGUUAAGAGGGUUUGAGGUGACAGGUAUGGGAGUGGGGUGAGUAACUGGUGGUUGCUGGUAGGAAAGGGAGAGAUUGGGUAGAAAGGGUUAACACAAAUGUAUGUACAAAUCUCUAAAGGUCGAGGUACGAUGUCGUACCUUGGGGGUUGGAGAUAUAGACUCCUGAGUAGUGGCUGAUGGGCUCCUGGUUGGCUUGUGUAAAAGUCGUUGGCACCAUCUUGCAGCGCAGGCCUCGCAGCCUCCGAUGUGGUGGAUGGUUUCUGGCCAAAGAAAUGUAACUUGUCUGCUCUAGAAGUGUGUUUCUUGCUUUUAUGUUGAGACAUGGUUGAGAGGUGCAGGAUUUUUGUGGGUUCUGCGUGUUUCUGUUGAAUUUGUAGGAGCCCAGGUGCCAAAGCAAAUCUUUAAGCGGACAUCUUGCUCGGCAGUCAGCCACGCCCCCAUAAAUUUCAAAUUUAAGACCAGAACAGCCAGACUGGAAGCAAAGUUGAUUUGGAGAAGGUUUCAAGUUAAUCUAUUUUGGCCUUAAAUGUGAAAUUUAUAUUGUAUUCACUUUAAAUUCCAGAAAAUGCUCUCUUUACUGAAUAACACUGUUGGUGUCACCCCCGGUUCUUUGUCAAACCGCUGGGGAGCGCCUUGAUUAAAAAAAACAAACAAAAAACAAAAAAAAACAGGGUUCACUACUACACCUAGAAUCAACCCCCACCUCAGGUGCAUUGAUAAUACAUAAUUUACACUUAACUAUAACUGGCAAUUUUUUGUCCAUUCUGGAUGGCAGUGAUUGGCUGAGACCACUAGGCUAACCAGACCCCUCAGCUUGUUACUUCUAUCCAAGUCGGACUAAAUUCACACUGGUAACACAGAAAUUUAAAGUGCACAUUUUCAAUGUUUUGUUACUUAGGGCACCUUUUCAAAGAAGUUAUUGAAGGCUUAUUGUACCAAUCAUCUUGCUGUUAAUAUAUUUUCUUACUGAAAUAAAACCAAUACAACAAUAUCUUUUCAUCCAUUUUUUUUUUUCUUCAAGUUUUAAGAUUGCAUUUUAUUUUUUAUUUUUCUUCCGACCCAAACAGGUGAUGAUCCUUAUAACUGGAGCACAUAAAGCAUUUGCAUUAUACAAGGCAAUAGAAGAAGGUGUAAAUCAUAUGUGGACGGUUUCUGCAUUUCAACAACAUCCACGUACCAUUUUUGUCUGUGAUGAAGAUGCUACUCUAGAAUUAAGAGUUAAAACUGUUAAAUAUUUUAAAGGUGAGCUUGGGUAUUUGUAACUAGUUAUUUGUAUCUCAACUGAUUAACUGAGAUUCUGAUAUUAUUUAUGUAAGUCUACACCACGGGUAGGCAACCUUCAGUACUCCAGAUGAUAUGGACUACAUCUCCCAUAAUCAUGGCAAAGCAUCAGAUGAGAUGUAGUUAACAUCUGGAAUGCUAAUGGUUGCUUAAGAUAUCCAGCAUAGAAAUGUGCAGUAGACCAAAAAUUUGCUCCUUUGCAGGCACUUUUCACUUUUGAAGGGGAUUUCCAUGCACCUACAUGUUCUGUUUUCUUCAAAGAGACUCCAUCACUAUUCCCAGUAUGUUACACGUGUAACAGUAGCUUAUCAUUUGUUCCUAUGUAAAAAUAUUACAGUUGUAUGAAUUUGUAUAGAGUACGGGGCUAAAAUAUCUUCUAGAGUGCUGCAUAUUUUACACAAUAGCAUACUAACAAAGGCAUUCAGAGUUAAAUAAUUUACAGCUAAUAAAAAGAAUAAGAUACUUAAGAGUUUACUUCUUGGGAUCUAUACACCGGUGUAGACACUCCAGUAGUAGUGUUAUUAUUAUUAACCCUAAUAAUAACACAGAAAAGAUUCACAUAAUCCACAAUAAAGUGGAUGAGGUAAAAGCUGGAAAAAUGUACCGUAUAUACUCGAGUAUAAGCAGAGUUUUUCGGCACUUUUAUUUGUGCUGAAAAAGCCCCCCUCUACUUAUACUUGAGUCAGUGUCUGUAUUAUGGCAACUUACAUUGCCAUAAUACAGACCAGGACCGCCGGGCUCAUUACCAGCCUGGCGGUCCUGUUGGGGGCCGGCAGCAAGCUGUUACUUACCUUUUGUAGCAGCUCUGGUCAGCUCCCUUCAUGUCCGUUUCCUUCUGCUCACAGUGUAAGUCUCGCAAGACCCGCGGCCGUCUCCGCGCGAGACACCAUGAGCGGAAGGAAACUGAGGUGAAGAGAGCUGACCGGAGCUGCUACAAAGGUAAGUAACAGCUUGCUGACAUUUACAAUGCUUUCCUAUGGACGCUGGCAUCUUCUCACUGUGAAAUUACAGUGAAAAGCACGCAAGCGCCUCUAGCGGCUGUCAAGAGACAGCCGCUAGAGGCUGGAUUAACCCUAACAAACAUAGCAGUUUCUCUGAAACUGCUGUUUAUAUAUAAAAAAAAAAAAAAAAAAACACCAUUGGAUUAUCCAGACAGAUGCUUAAAAUAUAAAUAUACAAGCUUUAUUAAUUAGGCUUAUUUGUAGCACUUUUCAUAACCCUAUGUAGGUAAGUAGUGCACUGGAAAAUAAACCAGUGUACCAAGGUAGACAAGGGGUUAAACUAUAGUAUUAGUGUUAAAAAAGGGAUUAACUAGAGGUUAAAACCUAGUUCUGUCCGUAUAAGGCAGCAAGUUAAUAGUACCUUUUGUUAGCCCUUGGUAGGUAAAUAGUGCACCUGUCUGGAUAAUCCAAUGGUUAUCCAUUAUCUAUACUAGGUAGAGUAUACACGGCUAGUAUAUUUCACCUGCACUGGGGAUAUAUGUGGUUUGUGUAUGUACUGUAAACUCAACCAGUUCAGAUUGAUUAUCUGAUUAAAAAUGCAUGUUAAAGGAAUACUAUAAUGGUGCUUUAAACACUAUACGGUCAGGAAUACAUGUUUGUGUUACUGAUCCUAUAGUCUGAAAACCACCAUUUAGGUGGCUUGUCUCCUGUUAACCUCCUUAAAAGGCAAUACAACUUACUUUAUUUCCAAGGCUGUGUGGGUCUGCUGGCCCUGGCCCCCCACCUAUCUAUGAGGAUCAUUCAGUGACAGAGCUGCAGACUGUGCAGCAGUGACCAUCAGAUGAGUGGCAACUAGAGGUGUCCCUAGGGGGCAAUGUAAACACUGCUUUUUCUCUGAAAAGGCAGUGUUUGCAUUAAAAUGCAUGCAGGUACGGAUUAUACUCACCAGAACAAAUACAAUAAGCUGGAGUCUAUUGGGUCCCUUUAACUUUAUUAGGUGAUUUUCUGCCAAAAACAGAUUUUGCAUUGCUCCUGGUAAAAUAGCCAAUGCAGAAAGUCAGAGACAAUGAGUAUGUGAUAAUCUGCUGUGGAUAUAUAUUUUGUUAUUGUGUUAAGCAUUAUUUUUAUACAAAGCAACAUCUGUCAAAAUUAACCUUGUCACUAUCCCCACUUUUAGCUAAAAAUUACAUUUUGGAUGUUCUGAAUGAAAGUGUUAUAUGGAAUGUUUAAGUACUUAUAAGUACUAUGUGCCUAUAGUAGAAAUGACUGUUUCUGUUCUUUCCAAAGGCUUAAUGCAUGUACAUAAUAAACUUGUGGACCCACUGCACAGCAUGAAGAAAAAUUGAAGUGAAAAUGCUUUGGAAAACAUAGCUCCACAUUAGCUAUGCAAUAUUACUGAAUUACAAAAUCUGCACUGGUCAAUUCAACAUUCCACAUUAUUUUUAUUUAGUUAUCUUGGUGUACUUCCCUUCAAAGCUUUAUAUCAAUAACAGCAUCUGUUGCUUACAACAGAUUAAUUAUUACACAUUGAAUUUAAAAAACGCAUUCUCAUUAGGAGGAGUUGAACACCAGUUACCUACCACUUUACAGUAGACUAAUAUGUUCACUUCUACCAGUCUAUCUAUUUACUUUGAACAAUGGUCAAUGUAUAGUAUCAUUAUUGUUUUUGUGUUAUGGUUUCUGAAUGUGUACUACUGCAACAAUGACAUUUAAAUUAUAUGGACAUAUUGCACAAUGCCUGUAAUAUUGAGUCUUCAUAUGCAGCUCUUACCAUAUUUCAUUUUUUUUAUUUGUAUUUUGAAGCAUUUAAAUGUAGAAAUAAUUUCUUAUGAAUCGCAAAUGCCUUGAUUUACAAUAAACUGACUGGACUGAUUGUCUUUACUAAAAGUAUUUUUUAGUAUUUCAAUGCCCAUCUACCAGGAAAAGGAGACUGAUAAGGAUAUUUAUUGACUGUGGAGCAGUCCAUGGCAGCAUCUCAGGUCAAGCUGAUUUUAUUGGCUAAGCAGAGUGCUUGCAAUCAGGAAGAUGUGUUAUGAAAAGAGGAGGCACUGUUACAGUGGUUGGGCGAUACUAUAUAAAGCUAAAAAGGCAGAGCAAUGACACCUAGAUAACGGUGGCUGAUGCGAUAUAAUUAGCCCAUCUAUGGGAUUCUGGUAUGGUUGGCUCUCCACAGCUGUUAAUAGAAUUCCCAGAAGAUCCAAGCUAAGCUUGGGCUUUAGUAAAAUACAUGUACCAAGUAGCACAACUGGUUGUAAAUUAGUCAUUAAACUGCUUAAUUAUGUUAAAGGUGUAUAGAUCAUGCCCCUACAGUCUCCCUGUUUAAUGCUCUGUCAUUUAGGAGUUAGAUCACUUUGUUAUACAACCCUGGUCAUACCUCCUUGCAUUUGAUUUACACAUCCUUCCUGUACAGAGUCAUCUAACAUUUACACUUCCUUUAUUGCACAGUCUAAUUUAGAAUUUCUUAUCUACUGCUCUGUUAAUAGCUUCCUAGACCCUCUAGGUGCAUCCUGUAUGUAUGUAAUUAAAGUUCAAUUUACACAGCAGGAGAUAAAACAUCUUGAUUAAGUGAACCUCUGAUUUAAAAUGGAACUAUUUUGUUUUCAUGCAGGCUGUCAGUCACAGCUAGGGGAGGUGUGGCUAGGGCUGCAUGAACAGAAACAAGUGAUUUAUCUCCUAAAUGGCAGUGAAUUGAGCAGUGAAACUUCAGAAGCAUAAGCUAUACACUAAAACUACUUCAUUUAGCUAAAGCUGUUUUGGUAACUAGUGUUUUUUUUUUUUUUUUGCCUCUCAGCAACAAUUUGAGAGCAUUAACAUACCAAUGAAUUACAGAGGUAAUUGUGUUGAGAAAAGGCACACUGUCUAUUAUGUAAAACUAUCCAGAUUUAGUAGGUGCUGAUCUAAAUUAUAGAAAAACCAUAAAGACUCACUUUCUAUCGUGACCCUCCCAAAAAUACAACCAUGUAAAACAUUGUAGAAUAACAAUUUUAUUUGUAUCAAAGAAAAGGUUAUCACUAUUGCGCACACAUUCUGUGCCGACGGAUCAUGGUAUAUACCAUUAAAUUAGUGUGUAUUUCCAUUUGUAUUUUUCCAUUUCUUUUCUUGCCUAUCUUUAACACACUGGUAUUGUCACCAAAACAGUUGUUUAAAUUAAACAAAAACAAAGAUAGGUUGGCUUAGCAAUUUAACCUGCUACCUACUUCCCAUGAAAUAUAGGGAUAGACAUCACUGUCCCAUAGUUUUAACAAUAUGCAUGAUGUUUAGAAACUCUCCCCUGUAUAUUGCUGGGAUGUCUAAUUGCAGUGUUUCAUAUCUACACAGCAUUGUUUGUAACAUAAAAUGGUGUGCUGAGCGAGGUAGUGCCCUCUUAUCAUGAUUUACUUUAUUGCCAAUAUUAGGUUUCCUUUACCAACACGGGAAAAUGGUUGUUGGACAAAUGUUUGCAACAGUCUGGUUGACUUUGUGGAUAAAUUAAUGCCAUCAUGGACGGCAAAUAAGAAACUACUGGUCUAAUAAAAUUGACCCAGUAGUUUGCAAUAAAAAUGUUUAGUUAAUUCCAUUUCAUUUGUCUGGCGUUCUUUUUAGCACAUUAAUAAAUGCAUCUUUUGGCACUUCAAUAUUGCCGAUUUGUCUCAUUUUUUUCUUGCCUUCAGCCUGUCUCUUCAACAAUUUCAUUUUUCGUGUAAUAUCGCCUCCAUACUGCCAAGAGAAAACUGGGAU